AUGGAGUGUGGAGAGGCAGCUAGCGCAGGGGCUGCUUUGGGCCAGGACAGCUCAGUGCCCCCAGCCCUCAUGGUCAACCCCCAGGCCAGGCUGAUGGUUGUGGUGGAAGUAGAGGGAGGGCGAAGAGGAUCAGGCCUUACAGUCCUUCUGGAGGGGCCCAAGAGCAUCCGCUUGCUUCAGCCGGGUACUCCAGAUGCUCAGGAGGCUGAGCAGGAGCUGCUAGCACGAGUCCAGCCCACACUAGGCUUGGUGGCCCGAGGGUACAGUGUGGCCCUACUGCUUCGGGGUCGGGAAGCAGAGACACCCCGUCUUGUACCUCAGCUGUUGCAGAUGCUGUUUGAGGAAGCUCUGCCCCCCGGGGGCCCUGAUCCUGUGCUUACUACCCUUAGCCUGGUGCAGCUCAGCCCCUGCGGGAAGACUCGGGACCUGCUCUCUCAAGGGACAGAGAACUUGUCAGUGCUAGAUGUGUCCCCCCUGGGCUUGGUAGUGGAAAAUGCCAGUGAUGUGGAGGUGUCUGACUCAAGAGUGGCCUCGGGGCUGUACUUGCAGGCUGCGGGCGAUGAAGGCAGAGAUUGCCCCCUGCUGCAGGUAUUGGCUGGUAAGGUUAUUGGUGAGGAGGUGGAGGGCUCCUUGCCCUGGAUUGUCUCGCGGCUCCUGGAAGGAAACAACUACAGUGGCCUUCUUCUUCGCCUGGACCCUCAAGGUGGCUCCCCGAGCUUGCUCUGGGCUGCUCUGUUGGGGGCCGAGGGAAGGAGGAUGCAGGCGAAACAGGUGAGGCCCACCCUGUGGGAUGCAGUAGAAGAGGCCCGGGCCCGCCGGGCUGGCCUGAAGAACCUGCGUUCAGGCCUCCUUGGAGACAACCUGACGGAUAGUGGGCUCAGCCAGUUGGGCAGGGCAUUGCGAGAAUUGCAGGUAGUAAAAGCCUGGAGCCGGCGCCCAGGGAGCCUGAUGCUCAAAAGGGUAAAAGCUGAGGCUGUGAGGCUCCCAGAACUACAGGCCUGGCAGGUCCCAGAUGUGGCCUUGCAGUUCUUCUUGGCCCAGGCCCAGAGGAAGAGACUGCACGAACAGCACCAAAUAUGGAUCCAAGAGGAACUGAAGCGUUUGGGACAGGAGGAGGUGGUGGCAGGUGACCAGGUCAAAGCCCUGGUGGUUGGAAAGGAGGCCUCCAAGGAGAGGCAGAGAUGGCCCCGGGAGCAGACGAUGCUGAGACUGCGGCUGGAGGCCCUUCAAGCAGAGCAGGACACUGCGGAGCAGGACCUCGCAGCCCUCUAUGACCUGCACGUGCAGGCUGCCCGAGCUCAGACACGCCACAUGCUGCUGGUAUUCCGAGCCUGGCGAAGGCUGUGGGAGGAGCAGGCCAUGACCACAGAGCAUCACCACCGCAGCCUACUGGCUGGUGUCCUACAAGACAACAUCAACCUGGCCACGCAGAACCAGGAGCUCCAAGCCCAGAACCAGCAGCUUCAGCAGGGAGUAGAUUAG